AUGGAAAGACUUCAAGCUGAGUUUAACGCAAUUCAAUCAGAAAGUCAUCCAGAAUACUCUGUUGAAAUAGUCAAUAACAAUUUUUUCCACUGGAAAGGCACUCUUCAAGGACCUCAAGACACUCCUUACCAAAAUGGAAAAUUUAGGUUCGAAAUUGUUUUCCCUCAAAGUUACCCCGCAUCACCUCCUGAAUUUUUUUUCAAAACAAAGAUUUUUCAUCCCAAUAUAUACGAAGUCAACGGAGAAACUUGUGUGAGGGUUCUAAAUAUUUCUUAUAAUAGAAAUAUCCCAGUUAGAAUUAUUAUUGCUUAUGUAUUUGAUCUGCUGGCGAAUCCUAAUCCUGAUGCAGGGUAUGUCCAAGACUCAACUCAUGCUUAUUUGUAUAAUAGGCCAGGAUAUACAUCUAUGGCUGCUGAGUGGACAAGAUUAUAUGCAAUAUAA